ACUGUCAGCAGAGCUUGGGGGUCUAAUUUAAAAUGUGGUCAGCAAGAGAAGAUUCAAUCUACCCACAAAAAGCUAAGGGCAAGAGAGCCUCACACAGAUAUGGAUUCCGAUGGAAAGCAAUCACCAGAGAAGUAUGCGGUUGUUACUGGAGCAAACAAGGGCAUUGGCCUUGAGACAGUGAGGCAGCUAGCUUCUCAAGGCGUGACAGUGGUGCUGACGGCUAGAGAUGAGAAGAGAGGGAUGAAUGCAACAUCUUCUCUGCAUAAAAUGGGUUUAACAAAUGUUGUUUUUCAUCAACUUGAUGUUUUGGACCCACUUAGUAUUGAGUCUUUGGCUAACUUCAUCAGAGAGAGAUUUGGAAGGCUUGACGUCUUGGUUAACAAUGCUGGAGCUUCUGGAGUUGUGGUUGAUGAGGAACGCCUAAGGGCCUUAAACAUAGAUCCUGAAACAUGGCUUUCAGGCAAUGCAAUUAACAUGAUCCAAGAGGUGAUUAAAACAACUUACGAGAAGGCAGAAGAAUGCUUGAACACCAAUUACUUUGGUGUCAGAAGAUUAACAGAGGCUCUCCUUCCACUUCUUCUGCUUUCCACUUCAGGGGCCAGGAUAGUUAAUGUCUCCUCACUCAGGGGUGAGCUAAGAAGAAUUCGAAGUGAAGAACUCAGAAAUGAACUUAGUGAUAUAGAGACACUAACUGAAGAGAAACUUGAAGCAAUGUUAAAGAGAUUUUUGAAUGACUUGAAAGAGAAUACACUUGAAGCUGGUGGAUGGUCAUUAAUGCUACCAUCAUAUAGCAUCUCUAAGGCCACCCUUAAUGCCUACACUAGAUUUCUUGCCAAGAGGUAUCCUAAUAUGCUCAUAAACUGUGUUCAUCCUGGUUAUGUCAACACUGAUCUCAACUGGCACACUGGACCAUUGCCUGUUGAAGAGGGAGCUAAAGGUCCUGUUAAGUGUGCUCUUUUACCAAAUGGAGGUCCUACUGGUUGCUAUUUUGAUCAAACUGUAGUUGCAGAGUUUUGAUCACUUUCUAGUCAGAGAUUGUUUCAAGUUUUCUUUUCUUUCCUGAUAUGGAUGCCACGAAAACACUACCCGAUUAUGGACCUUUUCUACCCUAAAAGAGAUGGGGAGAAAAAUGGCUUUGGCAAUUGUUAGAAUGCGAUGGAUUUAAAUAAUUUAACUCAUUUUAGCAUUAAUUGUGUACCCAUGUUA